AUGUCCCCUACUCUAUCGCACUCUUUCCUUUUGCAAACGUUUAACAUGCAGCCAAAUGCGCAUGGCUACAUCCACGAUAUGCCGCCCAGAAGGGCUGCGAUGGUGAAUGUGCAACGAAAGAAGUUGUCUAGGCGUGGCCCGAUGCAACUCAACGUCUUCUCGACCUUGGUGGCGAUUCACUGUUUCACCUGCUCUAUCUUCUUAUUCCCCAACUUCGUAUUCAUGGCCCGUGGUGUGGAAGGCAACGAAAUGUCUACCCCCAAAGCCUCACAAAAGAAGCAGCCUGCCUCUACCUCACAAUCUGCAAAGAAUCAAAGGUCCAUCUUAGGCUUUUUCCAGAAGAAAUCGACCAAUUCACCUAGCCCAGCACCGUCGGAAUCAGUUUCAUCCAGCAAGACCCCGACAUCCACUCUAGCCAGGAGAGCUUUCACCAAACCGAAUGCAGCCAUAACUCCUUUACCCAGCAGCGAUGCACCCGAUCUCUCGAGCCCAAUCAAGCUGGAACGUGAGUUGACUGUGGGGAGGAACAAAGAGAAUGAAGUUGUAGGCAUUGCGCCCAGUAGUCCGUCUAGGAAGGCUCGAAAACCUGUCAACUAUGCAGAGUCAGACGAGGACGACGACAGAGAAGACGAGGUCCUUGGCCUCGUUGGCAACAACGUGAGAGGUCGCACCAUAAAGCGUAGAAGAAUCAUCGUCGAGGAAGAUUCAGAUGAUGAGUUCGGCAUGGAUGCAGCUACGCAGCAGGCCAUGAUCGACGACGAUGUGGAUGACUUUAUUGUCCCCGACGAUUCUGAAGAAGACCGGGCCGUAGCGAAAAAACGCAAGCGAGGAGUUCCGGCCACAGCGCGCAGCAAAAAUACGCCCGCAUCCUCUCCACCGGUGCUGACUAUCAAGUCUGAGGCAACAGAAGACGAAGACGGACAUGAAGAGGUGGUCAUGACCACUACUUCGACCACGCAGCAAUGGAUUUAUGACCCUGAAAACCCUGCGGUACUGAAACAACGGUCAGCUCCGACUCCCAGAAGUAAUGCUCGCAAUAAGCCCAAGGAACGACCUUCCGCUUCAGAACCAGAGACGAGAUACUCAUGGCUAGCACAUAUGCAGGACGCUGAUCGUCAUCCUGACGACCAUCCCGACUAUGAUCCUCGUACGCUGUAUAUCCCCCCAGGAGCGUGGGACCAAUUCUCGCCGUUUGAGAGACAAUACUGGGAAAUCAAGAGCAAGUUCUGGGACACCAUCGUGUUUUUCAAGAAGGGCAAGUUCUAUGAACUGUACGAGAAAGACGCGACAAUCGGACAUCAGCUCUUCGACCUGAAACUGACUGAUCGUGUCAACAUGCGUAUGGUCGGGGUACCAGAGGCUUCCCUUGAUUUGUGGGCAGCACAAUUUGUCGCUAAUGGGCACAAAGUUGCAAGGGUUGAUCAGAUGGAGUCAGCUCUGGCUAAAGAGAUGCGUGAGCGUGAUGAUGUUGGAGAGAAGAGCAAGGGUUCCAAAAAAUUAGACAAGGUUAUUAGGCGUGAGCUUGCAGCUGUACUCACUUCGGGCACCCUUGUGGACGCUGGAAUGCUUCAAAGCGACAUGUCAACUUAUUGCAUGGCCGUAAAAGAGAUUGACCGGGAUAAUCUGCCUGCUUUUGGUGUUGCAUUCGUCGACACGGCCACUGCACAGUUUCAGCUUUGCGAAUUCACUGACGAUAUCGACAUGACGAAAUUUGAAACGCUCAUUGCGCAAAUGAGGCCUGGGGAACUCCUCCUGGAGAAAUCUUGUCUCUCCGCUAAAGCUAUGAGGAUCCUCAAGAACAACACAGCGCCUUCGACUAUCUGGAACACACUGAAACCAAUCAAAGAGUUCUGGCCAGCCGAUACGACCAUUCGUGAGAUAGAUGCGAACAACUACUUCGAGUCGCCUACCGAACAUAAUAUCGAGGCCUGGCCGCCAGUGCUCCGCGAGGCGCGCGAGCAGGAGCUCGUCAUGUCGGCUUUCGGUGCUUUGUUGCAGUAUCUCAGGACCCUCAAGAUCGAGCGCGAUUUAGUCACACUUGGGAACUUUCAGUGGUACGAUCCCAUCCGCAAAGCCACAAGUUUAGUUUUGGAUGGCCAAAGCUUGAUCAAUCUUGAAGUUUUUGCCAAUACAUUCGACGGUUCAUCUGAAGGCACACUAUUCGCCAUGUUGAACCGCUGCAUCACGCCGUUUGGGAAGCGACUGCUAAGGCAAUGGGUCUGCCAUCCGCUUGCAGACGCCCAGAAAAUCAAUGCGCGCUUAGAUGCUGUGGAUGCCUUGAACGCUGAUUCCACUGUAAUGGACAGUUUCAGCUCUUCACUCAGUAAAUUGCCCGACCUCGAGCGUCUCAUAUCUCGUGUGCACGCGCUUCGCUGCAGGGCUCAAGAUUUCCUUAAAGUACUGGAAGGAUUUGAGCAAAUUGAGUACACGAUUAGCUUGCUCAGACAAUUUGGCGAUGGCGAAGGUGUUAUAGGACAGUUGAUCUCUUCAAUGCCAGAUCUUAACACCGCUUUGUCGAAGUGGAAAUCAGCGUUCGACCGUAAUGUUGCUAAAAAGGAAGGCAUCUUAGUACCUGAGCUCGGCAUCGAAGAAGACUUCGACAAUAGCCUAGCAGAGAUCGAAAGUUGUCGAGCUGACAUGGAUGUCUUGUUGAAAAAGGCACGAAAAGACUUGGGAUGCAACACGAUCUGCUUCCGUGAUAAUGGCAAGGAGAUCUGCCAACUCGAAGUACCAAAGAAAGUCAAGGUUCCAAGCAGCUGGGAUCAAAUGUCUGCCACUGCCAAGGUCACACGUUACUACUCUCCUGAGCUUCGCAAGUUGGUUCGAAAGCUCCAAGAAGCUCAAGAAAUACACGGACAGAUUACUCGCGAGGUUGCAACACGUUUCUGCAAGCGCUUCGACGAGGACUACAAGACUUGGCUCGCUGCUGUCAAGAUCAUCGCCCAACUCGACUGUCUGAUCAGCUUGGCAAAGGCCUCUGCUUCUCUCGGAGAACCUAGCUGCCGUCCGGUAUUCGAAGAGGGCGAUCGCACCGUUAUUCAACUUGAGGAGCUCCGCCAUCCUUGCAUGCUCAACACUGUUGGCGACUUCAUACCAAACGACAUCAAGCUCGGCGGUGACACAGCUAACAUUAGCUUACUCACUGGUGCUAAUGCAGCAGGUAAAUCAACAAUUCUGCGAAUGACGUGUAUUGCUGUUAUCCUCGCCCAAGUCGGCUGCUAUCUGCCGUGUACAUCCGCAAGACUAAUGCCCGUUGAUCGUAUCAUGUCACGUCUUGGGGCAAAUGACAAUAUCUUUGCUGCACAAUCUACUUUCUUCGUUGAACUCUCCGAAACGCAAAAGAUCCUCUCUGAAGCAACCCCUCGAUCCCUCGUCAUUCUAGACGAGCUUGGUCGCGGUACAUCGUCCUACGAUGGUGUCGCUGUUGCACAAGCCGUCCUACACGACAUUAGCACACGUGUAGGUUGCGUCGGCUUCUUUGCUACUCAUUACCGGUCCCUAGCCAAGGAAUUCGAAUUUCACCCCGAGGUUCAGAACAAGAGAAUGCGGAUCCAUGUCGACGAUGACUCCAAGUCUAUAACGUUCUUGUAUAAACUUGAAGAGGGUGUCGCCGAAGGCAGUUUUGGUAUGCACUGCGCAGCCAUGUGCGGCAUACCCAGUAAGGUUAUUCAGACUGCGGAGAAGGCAGCGCGAAAAUGGGAACAUACUUCAAGGCUGGGUGAGCGUAUGGAAGUCAACAAGGGUGAGGGUGGAGUGUAUGUGCCGCUGGGCCUGCAGAGUGAUGUUGCCUGGACGCUGAGAGAGGGUCUUGAUGGGGUCGGCGAUCGCGCCCUCGAAGUGCUGCUCAAAGCUAUCGCGACGUUGUGA